GGGGCAGUUCUGUGGGAUGGUGCCGCUGUGUCCGGGUAAUCGGCGAGGAGUGAAGAUGAGCUGCUGCUGCAGGGAGCAGCUGUGAAGGAAGCUCUCACCCCGCUCGCUGGGGCAGCUCCUGGUGUUUGCCCUGAUGGUGCGUUCGGUGAGCCAGAAGCUUGGCACAACAGGGCUGGUCGACGAGUGGCAACAGCACAGGUGUGAAAUACUCAAACUCAUCUCUCUCCCAAGUGUGAUCUGAUGAAUCAGAAUGGCUACAGAAGUGAGCAAUAUUCAGAGGAGUUACUCCAUUAUUCCAUGCUUCAUAUUUGUAGAGCUUGUCAUUAUGGCUGGGACCGUGCUGCUCGCCUACUACUUUGAGUGCACAGACACCUUCAAGGUGCAUAUCCAGGGGUUCUUCUGCCAAGACGGUGACUUAAUGAAGCCAUACCCAGGACCAGAAGAAGACAGCUUCAUCUCUCCACUGGUCCUGUACUGUGUGCUGGCAGCUACUCCAACUAUCAUUAUAUUCAUCGGUGAGAUAUCGAUGUAUUUUAUAAAAUCAACAAGAGAAAACCUCCUCAAUCAAGAGAAGACCAUUGUAACAGGAGAGUGUUGCUAUUUGAGUCCUCUUUUCCGAAGAGUAAUAAGGUUUAUAGGUGUGUUUGCCUUUGGACUGUUUGCAACAGAUAUAUUUGCAAACGCAGGCCAAGUGGUCACGGGGAGCCUAACCCCAUACUUUAUAACCGUUUGCAAACCCAAUUACACAGGAACAGAUUGCCGUUCCCACUCCAGGUUCAUUACUAAUGAACACAUCUGCACUGGGAACCCUGAAGUCAUUGCAAAUGCACGAAGAUCCUUUCCAUCUAAAGAUGCGUCUUUGAGCAUCUACUGUGCCUUGUAUGCUACGAUGUACAUCACAAGCACAAUAAAGACCAAAAGCAGCAGGUUAGCCAAACCCGUGUUGUGCUUGGGGGCUCUCUGUGCUGCUUUUUUAACAGGAUUGAAUAGAGUGUCUGAAUACCGCAAUCAUUGCUCCGAUGUGAUUGCAGGCUUUGUACUGGGCAGCACAGUAGCAUUGUUUUUGGGAACAUGCGUUGUUCACAAUUUCAAAGGAACACAGGCCACAUCUGUUAAACAAAAGCCCGAGGAUCCACAUGGAGUCCCGUUGAUGACAUUCCCUCGGGUGGAAAGCCCACUUGAAACGUUAAGUGCACAGGUGAUUAGGUCGCAGAGAUGAUUCACAUGGGUACUUUCAUCUCCCAAUGAAAGCAGGGGGAGCAACCACUCUGCUUCAAUGACAGAAGUAACUUGAAGAGAAAACCUUUUCUUUCCUUCUAAAAAAAUUUAACACAAAUUGGUACUUUUUUUUAAUAUAUGUGUUAAACUGUGGAAAGUGCAACACAAGAUCAUGUCUAGUUAGCAUCAGAUGUUUUGUACAUUUUGUAUGACAACGUGUUGUAGCUUACCUUGACUUUUUUGCCUGUUUCAGUAUCAUUCUCUUUCAGAAUUAAAACAUUCCAUGUAACAAUUUCUAAUUUCUUAUGUAAA